AUGGGCGUACUGUGGCGGAAACGAUCGGUGCUUAUCAAGUUGGCCGUUGUCGUGGGGACGGCCUGGCUGACUAUUGCCUUCUUGUUUUAUACAGAGACGUCCACGGAGGUGCCCAUAUCGCCGAUCGUUAGGACGAACAAUGAAAUUGGGAUGCCGCAGAGGUUGGUAAUGCAAGAGCGAGAAACACAAAGGGUCCACCUGGAGCCUCAAAAUCCAUUCAAAGAAGCGGAAGAACCGGAAAAAAUAACACCUUUAAGGCUACCUGCAAGGAAAAGUCAAGAUUUUGAUGCUCCUGCAGUUCUGGUACCUCCACAGGAUUUGGCUGGGGACAUGGGAAAGCCAGUAGUCCUACCUGCCAACCUUACAGGUAAGUCAUUGUCUUUAACUAUUCUAUUCUUAGGAAAAUAA